UCAACCUGAACAUGGGGUCAGUUAUGUGCCAAUUAAUGAAUCAAAUAACAGUAUUGAUCCAAGUGUAUUACAGUGUAUGCAUCGAGGAUCAACUGUUAUCCAUUAUGAGGAGGAAACGGGAAAAUCGUGUUGUGUUUACCUUCAAUUGGAAAAAUCUAACGGCAUUUUGGCCUGGUGUAAGCCGACAUGGACCUCAAAUUGUAAUAUUACACCGGCAAAGUUUUCUUCCUCUUCUUUAAUUGGAUCAACAUCAUUGACAUCAAAUUCUGGACCAUCGUCAUCUUUUUUAUCAUCAACAUUGUCUUCAUCCAAUUCACAUUCUCAUCAGCAUCAAUCCAAUAAUCCAAGUGAUACCGAUUCGACCUGUGAUAUUAUGGUUGUGCCCAGUAUUUUUGUUAAAUUUGAAUCAAAAGAACCAGCAAUUAAUGGCCUUGAAGAGGGUUACCUUGACCUUUUGUUUGCUAAAAAAUUAUUCACCGGACAAUCAGCGAUUGACCAAUCAUCUGUUUGCCGUCGAUUUGGCCUUAAACCUUCACUUUUAGAUGGUAAUUGUUUUUUCAGUCUACUUUAUGGAGCCAAUAUAUCGGACAAUCGUUUUAUACAAUUUAUUAUGCCCAAAAUGGUGGCCUCUCUUUGGUCGGAAGGCCUUCGCUCAUUAAUUGACCAACUUGAAAUUCAACGUAAUCUUGCCGAUCAGCGAUGUACCUGGUUAAAGGGUAAAUAUUUGAAUCUAUUUUACUCUGGUGGUUCUUGUUUGGGUCCAACACCAGCGGAAGCGAUCAAAACAUUCGGAGGUCGUAAAUGGGCUCUAGAGACUGUCAGUGGCUCUUCAACCGGUGGGUCAACAAGUGAACCAGGUCAAAGUAAAAGAUCAACGGCUUUUGGAAUCGCCUCAUCCAAAUUGAGGAAAAAGAAAACUGGUUCAUCUUCACCAAGCCUUUCGUCAAUGGUUCGUAAUGCAAGUUUAAGGUCACAAUCGUCGGUCACUUCGGAUGGUUCAGGUAGUUUUGUAAGUGGUACAAGUGGAUCACCAGGUACAUCGAGCGGUAAAACUAAAAUUGAGGGUAAAAGUGUUUUUCCACGAACAAAUAAACUGGUUAAGGUUCUUACUAGAAGUAAAUCAAAAUUAGAGGAGACAAUUAAAACACCAAUUAAGACAAUUAAGACUCGUAGUUCCAUCUGUGAGACUGGUUAUAUAUCACCAUUGUCAACAAUAAAGGGAACAAUUUAUAAAUCAAGUUUAGACUCAGCAAGGAAACAAUCAACUGAUUUAUCAUCUAAGUGUAGCAAUUUAAGUAAAUUUGGUGGAUCUGAAGGUGGCCUUAGUCCAACGGGAAGUGUUAAAUCAUCAUGUUCGUGUGAAAAUUUGAAAGCAUCACUCGAAUCUCCUUUAAUAGGUCAUUCAUCGCUCUCUUCAUCACCAUCACCCUCAAUAACCACACCAACACCACCAACAACAACAACAACAACAUCAACUGGGCCAUCAUCAUAUCAGAAAAGAAUACGAAAACUAUUAACUCGAGAUAAAUCAGUAAAUUCUGAUCAUGGAUCAUCACGAUUGGUCUGUUAUGAGAAUGGAUCGUUACGAUCGGAAGAAGACAGUGUUACCGGUGAUUUCGGCCUCACAACCACGACGACGACGAUGUCAACUCCUUUCAAUUGUUCCACGACUUCAACCGUUAACAAUUCAUCAACCAUUCCAAUUCCUAAUUGUUCACCACCUUCAUCAUCAUCAUCCACAUCCACCAUUAAAUGUAAACCCUCCAUUACUCAUUCCUCGAAGAUGAACUUCAUUGAAUUUAUGCAACUUUAUCGAGCCUUCUUGAUACGAUCGAGAAAGGAUAUAAAGGACAUUUUUGAAGAUUUAGCCUCGAAAACGGAUAUUCAUUCAGCCGUCGAAGAAUCUGAAGAUCCGAUAAACUAUGAGAAACAAGGGGACGGACCUGGACAAAGGAUAAUCGGCUUAUUGACUCGUAAUUUUAUGACUUUGGACAUUGAUACCGAGGAAACUGUUCAACGGAAUAAGAUUUACGAUGCCAUCGCUUCCGCUUCAAUUGUCGCCAAUUGUGCUGGUGUUGAUACCAUGCGAACUCUGCUGAUGACCAUUGAAGAUUUUCAAAGUUUCCUGAGAACAUAUCAAAAUGAAACGUCCUUUGAUGAGGUGAAACGUUUAAUUGCCCGUCACGAGCCUGAUCCAAGUUUACGGGCUAAAAAUUGUCUCUCCUUUGAAGGUUUUGCUUGUUAUCUUAUGGAUAAAAUUAAUUAUGCCUUUACACCAGAAUUAGCUAAUCAUGAUCCCGAUGAGAUGGAUGAACCUUUGUCCCAUUAUUAUAUCGCUACCUCGCAUAACACAUACCUGACUGGUCAUCAAUUGAAAGGCGAAUCGUCGGUUGACCUUUACUCUCAAGUUUUACUAACUGGUUGUCGGUGUGUUGAAUUGGACUGUUAUGAUGGCGAAAACGGUUCACCGGUCAUUUACCAUGGACACACUUUAACAUCUAAGAUUCCAUUUAGAAAAGUGGUCGAAGCCAUCAACGAAUCUGCCUUUGUAACUUCAUCGUUUCCUGUGAUACUUUCCCUUGAGAAUCAUUGUUCGCUACCUCAACAGGUAAUAAUGGCGGCCACUUUUGUCGAAGUGUUUGGUGAUAAAUUGAUUACUCAUUUUCUCUUUGAUUCGGAUUUUUCUGAAGAACCUCAUCUACCUUCACCGAAUCAACUUCGAGGUCGAAUAUUGAUCAAAAAUAAAAAGAUCAAAAAUUCAACAACUUCGAUACCAGUCUCAGUUCUGCCGACCAGUGUAAAGAGUAAACCCUUUUCUAAGUCCAAGUUUAUGUUUCGUACAAAUAGCCUUAUAUCGACCGCAUCAACGGGAUCGCUUAAUGAAGAUGAAGAUGAUUACGAUGAUGAAGAUGAAGAUGAUGAUGCAAGUGGAGGUGGCGGAGGAGGAGGAGGAGGAAGCAGCUCAGGUCCACCAGCUUCUAGUGCUGGUACCGUUGUGAAUCCUACGGAAAGUGCGGCUGGAUUGGGAUUUGCUGCGUCUCCUAAAGGGGUUGCCCUACGAACGGAAAGUUCAUCUUCCCAAGAGGGAACUGGAUCAUCUAAUGAAGCGAAAAUUGCCGCUCGAAGUCACAUUUCUAAUCGUUAUGUUGAACCAAGUGACCAUCUUAGUGAUAGUUUAAAUAGUCCAAUGACAUCUUCCAUUGUCCAAGGAUCGACUGACCCUCCGAUUGGGCCCAAUAAAGUUUCAUCUACUUCUACAACCUCAACAAGUCACAAAGUUGUCCGUAAAUCUGAUAGUCAGGUUGCCCCUGAAUUGUCAGAUCUUGUUAUCUACUGUCAGGCCAUUAAGUUCAGAGGAUUUUCAACUGAUACGGGUAAUUCAAGUCCGACCUCAACAGUGAAAGAGGUCACAAGUAAGAAAGGAACCAGUAAAAAGACCAACAUCCUGUCAACUGGAAUAUCUUCCGGUUUCUCAGGGUCACCUUCAGCUUCCCUAAUCGCUUCACCCUCGAUAUUGACCAGUGGACCAACACCGACUGAUCGUGAAUCAUCAACCUAUUCAGUUAAUCUUCCCUUAUCGACAACUUCACCCUCCCUAUCAGCCACAUCUCCAGUCAAUCAGGCAACAACAAGUACAAGUAGUAACGCUCUUACCGCAUCAGCGACACCGCCAACAGCAACCACAGUAUCUUCUGGGCCCUCGUCCGGCUUGGGGUCAACUCCAAUGUCCACAACGAUAGGUACAGGAUCCAUUUCAAGCAAUACAAUAUGUUCAACUUCAUUAGUAUCAAGUGUACCCGUUUCAGGCUACAGUACGUACAGGCAGCCUUAUCCGUCGAGGUCAUGUUAUCAGGUUGCUUCACUGAAUGAACAUACAGCUAAAAAGCUGUGCCGAAAACACCCGUUAACGCUAAUUCAUCACACUGAGUACCAAUUAAUGCGUAGCUAUCCCGCUGGCAUGAGAAUCGAUUCAUCCAAUUUUAAUCCCGUCAUUUUUUGGGCUUUUGGCAUUCAAAUGGUUGCCCUUAACUACCAGACCGAAGACACCGCUUUAGCAAUUUACAAAGCGAUGUUUGAACAAAAUGGUCGAACUGGUUUCGUUCUUAAACCGUCCGUCAUGAGAGAUCGUAAUCAUAUGGCCUUUGACCGAUUCAACCCUUGGGAGAAGGAGUUUGACGGUCUUUAUGCUAUCGAUUUAACUAUUCAGAUAAUCUCUGGUCAAUAUGUUUGCCCUGAUGUGAAUAACGGAAGUCCACAAGUGGAAGUUGAGAUCAUUGGACUACCGGUCGAUUGUGCCAAACAACGAACCAAAUUGGUUCAACGAAAUUCAUUAAAUCCUAUUUGGAACAAUACUUUUGUAUUUAGAAUUGUAUUUACUGAUCUUGCAUUUAUACGUUUCGCUGUAAUCGACAUUGGCACUAAUCACCUUGUAUCUCAUCGAGUUGUUCCCGUUAAAUCUUUGAAACCUGGUUACCGACAUUUACGACUUCAAGGUCCUCAAAAUCAGCAGCUUCCACUUUCAACAUUAUUCAUAAACUCAUCAUCUCAAGAAGAAGGUGUGGAAAUUGGUGCAACCACAACAACGGCCUUUAAUAUCGGUGAUCUUGAUGCCCCUCGAACUCCAUGUAAGACUGGAAAGUCAUCUAAUUCAGGAAUGGCGGUGAAAACUUCAGGAAUCGGUAAUUCUGGAGUUGGUGGUGCUCAAGAUGGAUGUGAUCGGAUCGAUGCAAAUUUAGGGUGUGAAACACCAACUCUGGGAUUGACCUCGAUGCCUGUUCGUCGACGAAUGUUUUUCCUCGUUGUUCAUGGAGUUAUGGCUGAAGAGCCUUCGACUAUACUGAAAAUAACCCAGGAAUCAACGACGAGUGAGGUGAUUGCUCAGGCUUUGACUAAAGCAAACAAAUCAAACGAAGCCGUUUCCGAUUAUGUUCUGAUCGAAGAAGUCGCUAAAGGCUGGGAUAAGAAAGGUCCUUUUCUUGAUCGUUCUUCGGCGACCAAUCAACGUAUUCUAGACCCUUCAGAGAGACCACUGGAAGCGCAGUCACAUUGGAAUGGACGAGGAAGAUUUGUAAUCAAAAAGAUCGCUAAUGAUCCAAGUUCGAGAGCUUGGUUCAAUACGAUAAAGGCUCAAAUGGAGCGACUUCGUCGUCAAGAUUCAGAGGAACUCAGUGGAUCCUGGGGAGAGGAGAUGGACUAUUUUCUCGUGUGCGUCUACAAUGUAUCAGAAGAUCAGCCGUACGCGAUUCUGAGAGCACCGAUUUCGGGAACAGCUCAAGAUGUCAUCAGUCAAGCUUUGGUUAAAGCUCGAAGGAAAGAAAAUACUCGAAAUUUCAUCUUAGUCGAAGAGAUCGAAGUCGAAAGUGAAACAGCCCAAACAGGUGGACGCAAUAAGUCAAAAGACACUUCGAUUACCGUUUUCCGUCGGGUCUUACAAGACAACGAGAAUGUCUAUCGAGCCCAAGCAGCUUGGAAGGGUAAAGGUCUUUUCCGCUUAGCGAAAGCCGAUGAAAUAAAUUCAAUCUCUUCCUCGUCGGUAAAAAGUGAUGCAAAGUCCAGUCCAGAUUUAAGUAUAAAAUCAUCGAGAGCAUUUAACCGACUGAAAAGAGCGGCAACUGGGUCACUGCGAAAACUUAAUAGACUUUCUCGAGUAUCCAGAGAAUCUUCAAUUCCAGAACCUGAAAGCGGAACCAUUGGACUAAAUGUCGGAAUCAGUGGCAGCAUCGGUAGUGUUGUCGGUAGCGUUGGCAGUGAUCUGAUUAAAGAAAGUGACCUUGACUUGACCCCCUCCAGCCGUGAGGAAUCCUUGAAUCUCGUCAUUCCGAUUACAUGAAUCCCUCCGUUAUUUUACCAACAAUCAGCCAACCAGUUUCAACUGUAAUCCAUUCAAAUGAACAACAAUCAAUUCUAAUCAAUAAUUCUGGCAAUAAAUCCCCAAUUCCAAAUGAAACAACAACUCGAAAUGAUCAAAAUAUGAAACGACCUUCACUUCCCAUGGAAAACAAAUCAAUCCGUUAUCGUCAUGGGUCUGAACCUGUGACUGAAGAUUUCACCGAUUUCACCACAAUCGAUGACAAUGAUCAUCAUCAUUCCAGUGGCUUAACAUUUAAUCGUUUAUCUCGUUUAUCAUGGAAAUGGUUGAAAACAUGGAGAGCAUCAAGAGAUAAUUAAGUUAAUUGCCAUCACCAAUUAAUCAAAUUCGAAACAUUUUUUUUAUUAUUAAUAUAAAACGAAAACAAAAUCUAAAUCUUAUGAUACAAAAUUCACAAUAACAUUUAUAUUCAAUUGGAUUGAUUGAUUAUAUUUCCAAAAUUUUCCCGAUAAUCAGCUGAUUGGAAUCGUUUUUUUUCACUUAUACAUCAACACACAUCAGAGCUUGUUAAUCUAAUUGCACGGAAGUUAAUUGCAAUUUAUUUUGUCCAAAAUUAAUCAACCGACAUGUAUUAACAUUUACUUGAAUAUGUCAACAAUUAACCAAUGGAAACAAUUAAUUUAACUUUCUGUCAUUAUUGAAUCUCUCAUCUAUUAUGUAUUUAAAUUGAUCGCUAAUUAUAAUCAUUAUCAUUGUUAUUAUUAUCAAGUUUUACAUGUGUUAAAUCACAAUUAACAAGGAUAAGAGAGUUAAUUGUAUCAAUAAUAUGAGCAAUUAAACUUUUCGCAAAUUAAAUUGCCAACCAAUAAA